AUGGAGUUCUACCAGACCCUGUGUCUUCUCGUUUCCCUCUCUGCACAAGCAUUGCUCGACUUCCCUUUCACAACAGCACAGUCAUGUCAUCCUGUCCAAAGCAAUGCCUUACUUCAGUUCAGCAAUUCUCUCACAGUGCAAACUGAUAUGUACCCGCACUGUGAUCCGAAGACGACUAGAUGGGAGAACGGCCUGGACUGCUGCUUGUGGGACGGCGUCGCCUGUGACAAUGUGACGGGUAAUGUUAUCGGCCUUGAUCUUUCAUUCAGCUGUCUUCAAGGAACCCUCCAUUCUGACAGCUCACUCUUUGCGCUUCGCCAUCUUCAGAGCCUCAACCUUGGUGCUAACAAUUUCCUUACCUCACCCAUUUUGCCCGAACUAAGUGUGUUCACUGAACUGAGGCACCUCAAUCUCACUUACUCGAACUUUUCAGGUCUAGUUCCUACCGAAAUUUCUUACCUUUCUAAACUUGUUUUACUUGAUCUCUCUCAAACCUUCAAUGGUACAACUACAUAUGUCCCAUCAGGUCUUAGGAUCGAAAAUACGGAUUUCAAAGUGCUUGUUCAGAAUUUGACAGAGUUGAGGGUACUCAAACUUGAUCUAGUAGACAUGUCCGCUGUUUCGCCUAGUUCCUUCGUGAAUCUGUCAUCCUCCUUGACCGUCUUCAGUGCGUCUAGCUGCAAUUUACAAGGGGAACUUCCGCCCAACAUUUUCCGCUUGCCAAACCUCCUUGAUCUCGAUUUGCAAUCCAAUGAUAUCAUGGUUUCUUUUCCGAAGUCCAACUGGAGCAAGUCUGUUGAAUCCUUAACCCUCUCGUAUACAAACAUCUCAGGCAAAAUACCUGAUUCAAUCAGUGAAUUGAAGAAUUUAAAAACUCUGGCUCUCCGUAGCUGCAUAUUGAUUGGAUCGAUUCCCUCAUCCCUUGUGAAUUUAACAGAAUUGACCAGGUUGGACCUUUGGCACAAUGAAUUAACGGGUCAUCCCCCGUCAUUUGUUGGAAAGCUUGAACGACUCAUCCAUUUAGACCUUUCUUAUAAUAAUUUUAUUGGUGUUUUAGACUUCAGUGUCUUUUCAACACUGAAAAAUCUGCAAGUCCUUCGUCUUACAGUAGGCCUAAAUCUAGAUUCCAACAAUAUGAACUACAUAUUUUCAGAGCUUGAGAUUUUGGAGUUGUCUUCCUGUAACUUGAUCGAGUUUCCGUCUUUUCUGAAAUCUUCAAGAAAGCUAAGAAAAUUGGAUCUGUCCAAAAACAAGAUCAGCGGUCGGAUACCGAGAUGGUUUUGGGAUUUGGGGAAAGAUACACUAUCGUCUCUUGAUAUUUCUAGUAACCUUAUUGAGGGAGAUAUACCACAAUUUCCCUGGAAAGAGUUGUUUGAUGGGCACCUUGCCGAGUGUUUGAUGGCUUUAGCAAGACUCUCUGUGCUCAACCUUCGAAUGAACAUGAUUCAGGGUGUGAUCCCUGGAAAAAUUGCUCGGGACAGCAGCUUAAGGACACUUGACUUCAGUCAGAAUCGAUUUGAAGGGACAUUGCCACGAUCCUUACUUCAAUGUAAGAGUUUGGAAGUUUUGGAUCUCAGCAACAACACAAUGGAGGAUACGUUCCCUGAUUGGUUGGAAACGCUUCCCAAGCUACAAGUCCUUGUUUUGAGAUCCAACAAGUUCCAUGGCUUUGUGAGGAGUCCUAGAGCAGCUCGCCCAUUUCCUGAAUUGCGCAUUUUCGACUUGUCCAACAACAAUUUCAGCGGUCCGUUACCUAUUAGAUAUAUUAUGAAGCUCACUGCCAUGAUGAAUCGGGAAAAAGGGCGGGGACAGCUGCAGUACAUGGGAGGCUAUGGUUAUCAAGAUUCAGUCAUGGUGACCAUGAAAGGAUUGGAGAUACGCCUGGUGAAAAUUUUAACAAUAUUCACGAGUAUCGACUUAUCGAGCAACCAUUUUGUUGGGGGGCUUCCCAUGGAUAUUGGAAGCCUGAAGUCACUCAAAGGGCUAAACAUUUCUCACAACAAUCUUACAGGCUAUAUCCCUCCAUCUACUGGGAACUUGACCGAUCUCGAAUCGCUAGACCUCUCUUCAAACCGGUUCACCGGAAGGAUUCCUCAAGAACUAGCGGAUUUGACAUCUCUUGCAUUCUUGAACCUCUCGGAGAAUCGACUCAUCGGACCUAUUCCCCCGGGACCGCAAUUCACCACAUUCAAGAGCGACUCGUUCGCCGGGAAUCUUGGAUUAUGCGGAUUUCCAUUGCCGGAGACAUGCAAGAGCGGUUCAUGGGAAACUCCACCGUAA